AUGGUGGGAGACUGUUAGGUUGUUAGUUCAGCUCUCGGAGGUUGCAUGUCUGCUGUCCAGCAGAUGCGGGAUUCGGCAGAGGGUAGAAAGCGUUGGCGGGGAGUGUUGGGAUUAAUGGCUUUGGCGGUGACGUCCUCUUGACAUUGAAGUGAGUUUAGUUCCGUCCUUGUUGUCGUUGUCAUUAUCGUUGUUGUUGUUUGCGUGUGUGGUUUGUCUUUUAGGGAGACACGGGGCCGCCCGGAUUGGUGGGAUCGCAAGGCGACAAGGGAGAGGUCGGGCAGAAGGGAGAGAAGGGAGACCGUGGCGAAAAGGGGGACAAGGGGAAAGAUGGCGAGGAGGGAAUUCAAGGUGACCCGGGGGAGGAUGGGAAGGACGGCAAGCCUGGAGCGCGUGGCUUUCGAGGUCCCCCAGGUCUGAACGGAGCACCUGGAGACAUGGGCCCACCUGGUCCUGCAGGUCCUGCAGGUAUUGCAGGUCCCCCCGGUCCCCCUGGGCCAAAGGGAGCGAGUGGCCCUCAAGGAUUAACAACAGUGGGCCCACCUGGCCCGCAGGGCGGGAGGGGUCCUCUCGGCUCCCCCGGGCCACCCGGCCCCCCUGGUCCUUUGGGUCCUCCCGGUCUCACAGGAAGAGAGGGAGAACCCGGCAAGCCAGGAUCUCCUGGAAGAGACGGCGUUCCCGGAGUCAGAGGAGAAGACGGAACGCCCGGAAAGAUGGGCCCUCCUGGUCCCGCUGGUCUCACCGGAUUCAAAGGAGAACCCGGCUUCACUGGCCCUCCCGGUGUGUCUGUACCUGGAACGAUUGGACCUAAGGGAGACAAGGGGGAGCCAGGUGAUGUGGCUUUUGGGCCAACAGGGAUAAGAGGAGAGAAAGGCGACCGGGGAGAAAAAGGCGACAAGGGACUGGAGGGAUUCAAAGGCGAUACGGGUGACGUUGGCGACAAAGGAGAUCCAGGAGAAACGGGAUUCAAAGGCCAACCGGGACAAAAGGGCGACAAGGGUGAGCCAUCUAUAGGAAUUCCCGGACCCAGUGGGCAACCUGGACUCCCAGGGCAGAUGGGAGUCUCGGGACCGCCCGGCCUCCCCGGGAACCCAGGUCCUCAAGGGAUCCAGGGAAAUUCCGGCCUUGCCGGGACCCGUGGAGAGACUGGCGCGCCGGGCCAGAUAGGCCCUCCGGGAGAGAAGGGUCCCCUUGGAUUUCCUGGCAGGGAUGGUGACAUGGGCCCGUCCGGCCCUCCUGGACCCAUAGGGCCUCCGGGCCUUGUGGGCUCCAGGGGAGACAAGGGUGACAAGGGAGAGACUGGGGUAGGAACACCUGGACUGAGAGGAGAGAGAGGUGAACCUGGAAUUCGGGGAGAAGACGGAAGACCCGGAUUAGUCGGUCCCAAAGGUUCCAUGGGUCUCCCUGGUCUCUCGGGAGACAUUGGAACGAAGGGUGACCCUGGAAGUCCUGGGUCUAAAGGUGACAAGGGAAACUCAGUGGGUGUUGAAGGACUACCCGGAGCGAGAGGCAACAAAGGAGAGCCAGGUGAACGUGGCUUCAACGGGCUGGAUGGAGAGAUGGGAUUGAAAGGUGACUCUGGGAUGCCAGGGCAGAAGGGUGACAAAGGGGAACUGGGUCUACAGGGGUCAGUGGGAAUUGCCGGACCUAGGGGCCCACUGGGAGAGAAGGGUGAGCCGGGUGAAGUGGGCCUUCCAGGAGACCCGGGAGAGGACGGGAAGUACGGCAUCAACGGAACGAAAGGGGACAAGGGGGAGCGAGGCUUCCGUGGCCCAAAGGGCGACGUGGGCCUCAUGGGCAUGAAGGGGAAAUGUGGCGAUGAUGGAGUUAAAGGCGACAAGGGCAACUCUGGCCUUCCUGGGAGGAUGGGACUCCCUGGACCACGUGCCGACCGGGGGGAAUCGGGAAUCCCUGGAGCUUCUGGACAGCCCGGGUUGGAAGGAUUGCCGGGAGCGAAGGGAGACCGCGGCCGCGACGGGGCACAAGGGUCGCAGGGCGAUCGUGGAGAAAAGGGCGACCGUGGUAUCAUCGGCAUGCCCGGGGCACCUGGGCCAAAGGGUUCGGAGGGACAAACUGGCCCGUCUGGCCCUCCUGGGCCUCCCGGGCUCCGUGGCCUUGAAGGAAUUCAAGGCCAGAAGGGUGAUCGGGGUCCGGCUGGACAGGGGAUUAGUGGCCCUCGUGGUGUCCCUGGAGUUCCUGGUGAGAGGGGAGACCCUGGAGAUUUUGGAGUGGACGGCUCGAAGGGGGACAAGGGUGACUCUGGGCUAAACGAAUUGGCAAUUCGAGAUUUUAUUCGCCAGGAGAUGGGCAAGCAUUGCGCUUGCGGAGGUGAGUGGCGCUCUUCCCGUUCCCCUGUCGCACACACAGCGCACACAGCACACACACAGCUCACACAGCACACACACACAACCCACACACACAACCCACACACACAGCGCACACAGCACACACACAGCACACACACAGCACACACACAGCUCACACAGCACACACACACAACCCACACACACAACCCACACACACAGCACAAACAGCACACACACAGCACACACAGCAAACACCACACACACAGCACACACACAGCACACACAGCACACACACUACACACACAGCACACACACACAACCCACACACACAGCACACACAACACACACAACACAUCUGAUUAAUAGAUUUCAUUUAAACUAAACCGGCUGAUCAUCCACUGUGGUCAGACCAUUCGAUUCGCAACGAAUCGACACCAGCACAUUUCGUCACCCCCUGCAAUUCACGAUGAGCGUCAUCGCUGCGAUCGCGAUGACUUCCACUACGGUGGUUGAUCUUGUUGCUGUUGUUGAUGUCGAUGUCGUUGUUGUUGACGUCAUUGAUCGAUUUCACUCUCCCGUCAAUUCAGUGCGGGCACGAGAGUGAGCGGAACGCAACCCUCAGUGCAGGUUUUUCUUUUAUGAGAAUAAGUUCUGAGCAAAUUCCGAGCAAGUUUGGGGACCAUUGCAGUAAACAUUAAAAAAGAAAGCAAUAUCGAACAAAACAUUUGACGGCAAAAAAAUAUGAAAUUCCGAGUAAACGUUUGCACAGGUAAAAGUGCAACUCCUGCAUUGAUCACUGGAGCCGAUUUACCUUGCAAUCCGCUGCCGUGAGAAGAGCCUCCACUCGCUGGAGGGAGUGCGUGAGAGUCCCUGCAGAGGGGAUGUUGGCCUACUCUUCCACGCUGGCGUGUCAGGCGUCCAUUCCCAUGGCACGUGACUCUAAAUCAGUGGUGGGCAACCUGGACUUCGCCGCCCUGGUCAUCUGGACUUCCAUGGUAAACUGGACGUCCAUGGUAAACUGGAUGUCCAUGGUAAACUGGAUGUCCAUGGUAAACUGGAUGUCCAUGGUAAACAGGACUUCCCUGGUAAAUUGGAUGUCCAUGGUAAACUGAAUGUCCAUAGUAAACAGGACUUCCAUGGUAAACUGGAUGUCCAUGGUAAACUGGACUCCCAUGGCAAACUGGACUUGUUGUUAUGGAGCUGUGCACUGGCAAUGCUUGUUUGAGCGCAGAGACAUUUCGACUUUUCACUGCCCUAUGCGUUGUGUGCCGCAAAUGAGAAUGCUGCCCGUGUGUGGUUUUAUUAUUCUCAUUAUUCCAGUGGCUGUUGCACGAGGAGACAACAUUGACACCAUUGCAAACAACAUAAGCCCUUUGUCGAACAACAACAACAAGCAUUUGGACUACGAGGACACGCUCGUCGAGGAGGACAGCUGGGACGACUCGGACAUGGAUUACG